UAAAUACCCCGCCCGGCAGAGCCGAGGCAAGCCCCAAAACUCUGAACGAUUGAGUGGCCCUCACUCUGAAAUCCUCCUAUAGACACAGUGCAGUGCAUGAAGCGUGGAGUCUUCUUCUUCUUCUUGUUGUUUUUUUCCCCCCUCUCGUUUAAAUCAGCGGUUACAGCAACAACAACGCAAAAGUUGGUUCGACGACUUGGAAGAACAGGCUAGAACAUACUUAAUUUGUGCAAACUAUUAGCAUUGUUUAUUCUCAACGAACACCCGGUGGCGAUCGACUAAGUUGAGAGCCAUGUGCAACACGAAAGUCACGGCUCCUGCCAGCUACCUAGAGAGAGCCAAGGAGAUGAAGAGUCGGCUGGGCUUUCUACGGAGAAAACCCGUGACCCAAAACGAAGCUGAUCACAACGGCAAAUCAACUGCAGAGCCCAGCCAGGACGAGGCGCAUGCUUGGGCCGAGUCGUUGGACAAACUUCUCGUGCACAAAUAUGGCCUGGCCGCGUUCCAAGCAUUUCUACGAACAGAGUUCAGCGAGGAAAACAUUAACUUCUGGCUGGCCUGCGAGGACUACAAAAAAACAAAGUCUGCUGCCAAGCUGACCAGCAAGGCUCGCAAGAUAUUCUCCGAAUACAUCGCAAUCCAGUCCCCCAACGAGGUGAAUCUGGACUCGUGCACACGAGAGCUGACUGCCGCCAACCUCGCCAAGCCCACGGCGGACGCAUUCGACGUGGCCCAGAAGCGAAUCUUUGGGCUCAUGGAGAAGGACUCUUACCCUCGCUUCCUCCGCUCGCAGCUCUACCUGGAUCUGACUAAAUGAGGCGCACGUCACAGCCUGAGCGUGUCAUUUGUAUGUACAGCAACAACAAGAAUGAGAAUCGAAACGGCGGUAGAUUUUACCAAAAGCUGCAUUUCAAACCGAUGCUCCGGUCUUAGAGACGGCAGACGAUCGCUGCGUUUCGGUUUUAUCCGAAGGCUGCGAGAGAAACGGGUUGCGACGCAAUUUCGAGAGGUUGGAAGGUGGUGGGCAGGGUGAUAUCCUUGAGUGAAAUUAAGCAGCGAAGCAUUUACCUAUACCCUCCUAAUGCUCCUAUUCAUUUCAAAUACCGCCCCGUUGCGUAGACUGACAGCUGUGCCGGUUACCAGUCGUCGUCUGUGGUCAGUGCCUCACUUUUUUGCGCACUUCACUGGCCUGCAGUCGUAAUUUUAUUGACAAAAGCCACAACUUUUGUCGGACAAUCGAUGGCACGGCACUUCACACGAUUCCUUUUCUCAGGAAAAAAGAACUAACGCAAGAACGUCUUAAACGGUGGAACUGCACGUAACAAAGUGUCCUUGCAUGGGACGACCGUGCAGGAUUCCUUUUUGAAGAUUUUUUUUUAAACGUAAUUCCGUAUUGCGUUUGUACUUCGAGCAUCGUUCUUAGAUCAGAAGAUUGAUGUUCGAUGCAUUUUCAUGAGCUAGUUCUAUUUUGGUUCAACACGUAGGCUUUCGCGACCAAUAUUAUUCGUAAUAAAGUUUUUGGGUUAGAUCGCGUAAGUAAAUCAAUAAAAUUUACAAUCUGAAAAAUGUUGUGGGUUUUACCCUCCAACACACCG